AUGCGACGUAAGAAAAGCAUUAUGAAGCAACUGGACCUCUAUCAAAUUCGAGACUUGGAUGCCUGGGACAUGAACUAUAUGCUACAACUGACGGGUCACCUUAUCCGUGAUGAGGGCCCCGGAAAUGAAAACCUUCGGAUCUGUAGGCAAUUCAUCCGGAAAUGUACAGGGGCGGCAGUAAAACAGAAAGAUGUCGUGAAGAAUCUCGUGAACAUAGUCCCAACAUACGGUCCGGCCAUUGCAGCCGGCUUUACCUUAGUGUUGACGGCUCUGGAGGAGCAUGAAUCUUUGCGCAACAGUAUCCAUGCAGCUCUGGCGGAUAUCCCGAAGAAGUUAAAUGCAGUUCAACGAUUAAGCGAGGUGCAUGUUGAAUCGCUGAAGCUGCAUGCUUGCAAAGAUCAGGUGUUGCUACGGAUCAUUAUGGUGCUCCACAGCAUACUGGACCGACUGUCAAGGAGCAACAAAGACAAGGUACUGAGCAAGUUCGGGAGCGACGCGCCCGAUAUACCAAAAACACUUAAAAAUAUGGAUGAGGCCGUUGCUGAAUACCUGAGCGAAGCCGACAUAUGUGCGCAAAUUCGGAUGGGAAGAAUUGAAGAGGGCAAUAUACGAUUGAAUAAUAAGGUUGACAUCUUGGAGCGAAGACUAGAUGGUUAUACAAAUGAUACCAUUUCGAGCAUAGGAAGAGUUGAGAAGGCAAUUGAAGAAUUCCUCCCUCUUUCGAGCAUGGGGAAAAUCGAGAAAACGAUUGAAGAAGUUCUCCAAAGGGGUCAACACAAUCAUCCGAAUGAGAAGCAGAUGGAGAUAACCCUUUACAAUGUUUUAUACCGUCUAUUCGCGAGCUGUCCCCAAUUCAGCGCAAUAGAUGGCACAGUGAACAAGGAAAACAUAGGCACUAUUUUUUCGGGGCGAUUUGAGCCCAGUCUUUCAUACGAAAAGGAGGCGGUAUUUACACCACCGCCGCCCUACUUUCUACUGUCCGAGAACAAACGUCAAGUUGAUGCUUGGAUGGCGGCUUUUCCAAAUUACGAUCCCGCUUCUGAUGCACAAGUAGUCGACAACCUGAGCCAAAUGGGCGGGUUUGACAUCGACGAGCAGGAUCAGAUGCAGUACCUUCUGAAUGAUCCAAGUCUCGGGAGCUGGCUCGGCAGUGUCCAGUCUAGCACCCUGGAAAUUACUGCCGAGACAGCUCCGGAUAACCUAAUAAAUCCCAUUUCGGCGACGAGUGCUAUGCUUGUCCUAUUGAUGAAAUCUAGCAGCACUGCACAUUGCCGCUGGGCGGUCAUGUCUUUCUUCUGUGGCAGUCGAAGGCUUACUACCAAUCCAUCUUCUCUUGAGUGUCCCAUCGAUAUUCUGCAUUGUCUGAUUGGCCAGCUCGUCCAUUUCAUUCUGGAGGAAAAUCUGGAUGUGAACCUGGCAUCAGUGCUGACGAAGAGAGAAUUUCGCCCGAGCAGAGUCCGAGAAAAGCCGGGACGCGCCAUGCGACUUUUAGAGGAGAUUCUGAUUUUACUGCCAGAGAGACAGGUAGUAAUUCUAAUCCUGGACUCGCUCUCACGGCUGUCAGGCAAUACGCACGAAGUCGAAAAGAUUAUCAAACGUCUCAAUGAUACAGCUCGUAAACAGACUCACCUCAUCAUCAAGCUGCUGGUUACCGAUCCCCUUCCGAACUGUCAGAUUGAUGAGCUAGCGAAUAUGACAGUGCAUCUCCCAGAUCAUGUCGAUGGUUGGCAGUGCGGUGUACGACGUGACGUCGUCGAAAAAGAGACUAGAGCAGCGAUAGAGCGAUUUCGACAGAAUCGUGAACGAUCAGAAAAGAAAUUAAGUGAGGGCGAGGACGAGGACAACAGUGAUGAUGAAUGGUCGGAAACCAGUUACGGCGAUCUUUAA